GCCCUGGCGCACCUUUUACCGGCCCCGGCCAUGUACAGCAUGCUGGAGACGGAGAUAAAGGCGCCGCAGCCCACGCAGGGCAGCACCGCGGGCAACCCCGCUCCGGGGAGCACCGGCAAAGGCGGCGGCGGCGGCGGGGCCGGCAACGGAGCGGGAGCGGGCUCGGACCAGGACCGGGUGAAGCGCCCCAUGAACGCCUUCAUGGUGUGGUCCCGCGGGCAGCGGCGGAAGAUGGCCCAGGAGAACCCCAAGAUGCACAACUCGGAGAUCAGCAAGCGCCUCGGCGCCGACUGGAAGCUGCUGAGCGACGCCGAGAAGCGACCCUUCAUCGACGAGGCCAAGCGGCUGCGGGCCGUGCACAUGAAGGAGUAUCCGGAUUACAAAUACCGGCCCCGGAGGAAGACCAAGACCUUGCUGAAGAAGGACAAAUACUCGCUGCCCGGUAACCUGCUGGCCCCGGGCGGGGGCAACGCGGUGAGCAGCCCCGUCGGGGUGGGGCAGAGGAUUGACACUUAUGCCCACAUGAACGGCUGGACCAACGGGGCUUACUCGCUGAUGCAAGACCAGCUGGGCUACAGCCAGCACCCGGGCAUGAACAGCCCGCAGCUGCAGCAGAUGCACCGCUACGACAUGACGGGCCUGCAGUACAGCCCCAUGAUGUCCACGGCCCAGACCUACAUGAACGCCGCCUCCACCUACAGCAUGUCCCCCGCCGCCUACGGCCAGCAGCCCUCCACGGCCAUGAGCCUGGGCUCCAUGGGCUCCGUGGUGAAAUCCGAGCCCAGCUCGCCGCCUCCGGCCAUCACUUCCCACUCGCAGAGGGCCUGCCUGGGAGACCUGCGGGAUAUGAUCAGCAUGUACCUGCCCCCCGGCGGGGAUGCCACAGACCCUUCCGCCCUGCAGGGCAGCAGGUUACACAGCGUGCACCAGCACUACCAGAGUGCCGGGACUGCCGUGAAUGGUACCGUACCACUAACUCACAUAUAA